AUGACAAGUGAUAAACAUAGCAAUAAUUUUUUCAGUGAAUUUAAUAUAUAUAAUAAAAAGAAUGCAAAGAAAGUUGUUUAUAGAUAUUUUCAAAACAGAACUCCUAAACAGACAAAGUAUAUUACUUUAUCACUCCUAGUAUUUAGUGGGAUGUUUUUAUAUAUAACUAAUAAAGCUUAUGAUAGAAAUAUUUUUUAUUUAAACAAUGAAGUAUAUAAAAAGUUGAAUAAAAAUUAUGAUGCAUCAUCACCGAUGGAAGCUCAAAAUAGAGCUUUUAUGGAAACAUUUGUUAAGGCCAAAAGAAAAAAUUUAGAUUUACAAAAAAAACCAUUAAUUUCUCAAAUAAUUCAAAUAAAUGAUAAAGAAUAA